AUGGCAGCCUCUGCUUCAAAGGUCCCCGCACCGGUCCACCGAAAACUGCUCUUCAAUGACGUUGAAUCCGGUCUAACCAAGGACGAACUCACUUUCAGAGUCAUCCACCUCUGGGAAGCUAGAAACCCUACAAAAGGUGGCUUGCUCAUGGGUCUGGAGGUGCUACUGAUUGACGAACAGGGAACCGUCAUUCAAGGGUUCAUUGCACCCAACAGAAUUGCACGCUAUGAAGGCAAACUCAAACCAAACAUCAUCUACAGGCUCACCAAUUUCUUUGCUACUCCUAAUAAAACAAUGUUCAGAGUCACAGACCACAAAUUCACAAUCUGCUUCACCGACUUAAGCAUCCUCACUCAACACCCGCAGCAAAGUCUAGCAAUUGACGUCCACCGUUUCCGUUUUCAUACAUUCGAAGAAUUUGACGCCAAUGCAGACAAAAAGGGCGAUUUAUACGAUAUUAUCGGCCACCUAAAGCUCAUUAAUGGCCAGAAUCUUCACGACCACCCAGUUUUAGAAUCUGAGGGCAACCAAAAGAGGGGAGUAUCAGUCCACCUGCAGCCUAGAGAAGGACCAAUUGUCAACAUCUACCUCUGGGACAACACCGCCGCUGAGUUCCGCAAGAAAAUUCAAGCAAGCAAGACACCUCCUGUUGUACUUUUGGUGACCACAGUCAACCCUAAGACACUUGGAGGAAAAAUGUGUUUAACCUCUAUGUCCUCUUCGAGAGUAUUCUUCGACGCUGAUGUCGAGCAGACCACUGAAUACCUAACUCGGCUACGUGAUAAUGCUAACAACGUCAGCGUUGAUGCAUCUGAGAUCACCAAGGUUGAAACUCUCACUAUUGGUGAAAUUUUCCAGUUCCUGCAAAAAAAAACAGCCCAGAAGGCAAACUUCCAUUGCGUAGCAACCAUUGAUGCUGUGGAACAACUUAAAAGCUGGUACUACAUUGCCUGCACUACAUGCAACACAAAAGCAAUCCGAGGACCUACUUCAUUAGUGUGCAACACAUGCAACAACCACAAUCCUAUUGGAGUAAUCAAGUAUCAGGUCGAGAUAUCCGUCUCCGACAAUGACAACAAAGCCACGUUCGUUCUCCUCGAUGAUGCUGGAACUCAGCUAAUUGGGAGAAAAGCUGCAGAGAUAGUUGAAGACUACGUCGACGCUGUUGGGGUUGGCGGUGCUGGAGAUAACAUACCACUCCCAGAAAGCUUGAAUGGUGCAAUUGCCAAGACAUACAUAUUCAAGGUCAAAGUGGAUGAAUACAACUUCAGUGCUGCUAGGCAAACUAUCACUGUGACUAAGAUUGUCCAGCCAGCUGAUCUCCCCAAAAUGCCUUCACCAAAUACAAGAGCGGAGCUUGAAGACAAAAACAGCGACACACUACCACGGACUAAGAGCACUAAGUGGGACCUCCAGAUGGGUGACAUGGCAACUAGCACCAACACCAUUGCCUCCAGCGAAGAGAAAACACAAGGGAAGAACAAAAAGACUAGCCUUGGCAGUGAAGAAACCGAUGAAAACAAGCGUCCCCGGAAGAAUACUAAAUACGAGGAACCAACACCAUAA